AAAACGAGUUUGGAAUAUGGUGAGGAAUGAUGGUACUCCUGAUGAGAAGAAGUUUCUAUCUCCUCGUGGUAAAAGAGAUAUUUAUGAUCUAUAUGUAUGGUAUAUUGAUCAAAAAAUUCUAGCUAAAGAUUUACCUGAAUCUUUUCUGAAUAAUCUAUAUGAUGGUCAUAUUCCACGCGAGUGGGCAGAAAAGAAGAGUGAUCAGUUACAUAAUCGAUUAGGUAAUAUAGCAUAUAUAGUUGCUUUUAUAGUAUUACAUCAGCAAGGCUAUAGAAUCGUUACAUAUGGUGAUUGGUCUUAUAUGUUAAAGUGGCUAUCGAAUUCUGAAGCUUACCGUAUUAAUGAAUAUUAUAACAAUGGCAAUGUAAACUUUGUUAAAAGUUCAGAAUAUGCGCGUUAUAGAUGUAAAAUAAUAGGCAAACCAUAUCCAUGUGAUUCGCUAAAAAUUGACUAUUUUAAAUCUGAAUAUGGUUUUACUAUCGAAGGAAAGUUUAACAUUAUAGAUUUCUCAGAUUCAAAUAAUAAUUGUGAAUAUGUGUGCUGA